AUGCUUCUUGACCGCACCCCCGCAGAAGGCAUUUUGCUAGGAAUCAAGUACGGCGUCAGGACUUGGGUCAUUGAUGGAUACACCCGCGUGAUCGAACAGCCUACGCUCACGUACGAGGAGCUGCGCAAGCCGUUUGAACUCGAAUGGAAGGACAUCGCGAAGGUGUUUUACAUUAGAUCUGUUCUGCAGCAACAGCGAGAAAGCUCUUCCGACCCGUUCGCAGGCGCUAAUGUCGCUAAUGGAAGAUCCGAUGCAGCCUGCCCAGCUUGUAACAUAGGCCAUUCGUCUCUGUGCGCUUAUAGCGUUAGUCUCAGGCAGAAGGGUAACAGUGCCUCAACUCUUGAUUAUGGUCCUGCCGAUGCGGUAUCCAUGAUCGAGUCCGAAUUUUCUGAUGUGCUACAGGAGUUGGAAGCCUCUUUGGAGGCGUAG